AUGAAUUAUAAACCGAACCUGAAGAUGGAUAGUACUUCUGGCUCGUUUAAAAAAUAGGAGCAGACCUCGUCUCUCGAAAGCACUUAAAAAUCAGAAUAUAAUGGAAUCAGUAUAAAACCUAAUUUUGCUUGUAAACCAGUUUUCAACUUUCGCAACCGUUCUCCUCAACCUUAAGAAUAGGAACCUUAGUUAACAAAUACAAAUGAUGAUUUCUUUAAAACAGGAACAUUUUAAGAAAAAAUCCCACUUAAAGAUAGAAUCUAACGAUCAGAUGAAAAGAAAAAUACUGCUCCUGUUGCCAAAGGGCUUUAUCUACCUGGUUAAGAAGAGUUAUUUAGAAAAUAAAUAUAGGUAGAGAAGAAAGAGAUACAAUAAACUUAAGAGAAAAAGGAUGCUUAAUCUGGGAAGACAAUUUAAGUAGAAUAAUAUAUGCCAUCUAUUGGAUAAUAAUCUAAUAAAAGAGAGGCUGCCUUAUUAGGUUCUAAAAAUCCCUUAGAAAAUAAAAUAGCAGUUGCAAAUCAAGAAAGAGUAUUAUAAUAACUUGGUAUUUUAUGUAAUAAUACAUAUAGAGGAAGCAGAACCUAUUGAAGAACUUGAAUUAAUACUUUGUCCAGAAGGAUGUGGUAGAUAGUUUAAAUAAGAUGCUUUGGAGAAACAUGUUAAAGUUUGUAAGCAAGUCUUCCAAUAGAAAAGACAAGAAUUUAAUUCAAAAUAAGCAAGAGUUGUUACGAAUGAUUAAUAAAAACUUUAGCGUUAAGGAUAAAUCAAAGAAAAAUAAUUAAUAAAGAAAUAAGGAAAAGCUCCUUUGGAUCCUAAUUGGAAAAAGCAAUCAGAAGAAUUACGUAAUUUAAUAAAAGAAUCUAAACAAUAAUAAUGA